GAUUAGGGAAAAACGAAAGAAGCGACGAGAGAAAGAAAGGAGAGAACGGGGACUCGUGACUCGUGGUGCCGCGCGAGAGAUGCGAACGUACGCGAGAGCGAGAGACGAUGACGCGUCUCGACGUCGUCACCGCGGGGCGAGAAGGGGAGGCGGUGCACGAGGGGCGGAAGUAGAGGAGCGAUAGACGGCGACUCCGUACGUUGCAAAUGGCAGAUGGUGCGUGAUAUACCUGGGUACAGAGCCGUCAUUUCGCUUGGCGUCGCGUCUCGUCGUGACUGUGUCUCUUUAUCGGCGUGUAAGUCGCGGACAGGAGCCCAUCCCGUAGCCGCCCCGACGCGUCGCGCCGUCCACGUAGGUUCACGUCAGAUCGGGUUCCGCCGAUCUUAGCAAGGGGCGAGGAAGCGGCCGGCGAGCUAAGCGGGCGAAAACGCCUUCGGCCUUUUCGGGGGACGACGGAAUUUCACGGCACCGGGAACGGGACGACCCUGGACGGGGGAAGGCGGACGAUGGCGAGGCUGGUGAACGUUUGGCGGGACGACGAUCCGGUGGAGCUGGCGAGCAAGCAAAUGCCGCUGAUCGUCGACGAGAACCUGACGAUGAUUAUGGACAUAAGUGAUUUGGGAGCUAUCUGUGAUAAUCCCUUGGUCAACGGUAAACAACUAGAAGAGUUCACCAAGAAAUUUGCUUUGCUCACUACGGAGGAGAUCAAAGCGUCCUUUGAAGUUACUUGCAAGCAUAUAAUUGACAUUUUGAACGAGGCAGAACCAUGCGUCGGUUGCCGAAGAAGUGUCGAAAGAUUGUUCUAUGAUCUAAUGAAGUCGGGGCAUCCUGCAUUGGAUCCACUGGUUAUCACGUCCAAUGGUAUGCUGUCUAUAAAAGAUGACGUUUUGAAAUCGCCUCAACAGCUCUGUACACUAUUGCACGGACAUAGCACUAGGUUAAAUAAUUUAAUGAAAAAACAACAAAGAAAUAGAAAAUCUCAGCGAUGCGUACUGCAUACCUUGGAGAUCCAGCGGUUGCCGCCGAUAUGGAACUCUUGGAGGGAAGUGUGGGAUUGCAUGGAGCUACCAUGCCGGCAGGAAUUGACUUUAAUAGAGACGGAUACGCUUGAUGAAGCUUUAGAUACUUAUCUACGUAAACAUAGGUUUUGCGCCGAAUGCCGUAACAAGGUAUUAUUGGCAUCGUCUCUUCUGACACGAGAACCCGAACCUACGAAAGAAAAAGGUUACGUAGCAAUUUUAUAUUCUGGAAUUAAGCGUUGCAUAGCCGAUCAUCACGUUCAUCUGCCACCCAUCACGGAAUACAUGACUACUCUUCUUGGUCGCGCGCAACCGUGGGCGCUUAUAGGAAGGGAGCGCCACGCGAAAACGCUGGAAAUUGCUCAAGAAGAAGUACUUACGUGCUUAGGUAUAUGUAUCGCGGAACGAUUGCACAGAAUACAUCGACGAAUGAAAGAGGAGGAGACUGUGUGCAAAGUAUUGGCCGCUGUUGCGGUGGACGCGUUGUCUAGAAAUUUCCGGGUGGCGGUCGAAAAGAAACAAGGUAUCUCUCAGUUGGAAUUAUUGUAUGAGGAACUCACGAGGGAAGAAAUAGCGAAACAGAACAAGCGUGAAAAAUUACGCCUUAAACGCAAGAAGAAGAAGGGACGUCGCAACGAAACAGAGGAGAAAGAAAACUCCUGUGAUUGUUCAAAUGAGAGGCAAAGUGAAACCCCUUGCACUUGUGCGGACUCAAAGCCAACGACGCAGAAUAUCAACCGACAUAAGUUGCAGGUCCUAGAUCCAAAAAACAAAGGUCCGCCGACGUGUAAAUGUCCGGAUUGCUUAAACAAGUCGAAAACGCCUAGUAUAUCGCAGUCACGAAGUAAGACAGAAUUAGCAUUCCCUGUGAAAAAAGGUUCACAGAAAGUUAUAAUUAAAAAGGAAGUUGUAGCGAAAACCUCCCAAACAAAGAAAAAACUUAAUGCAAGUCAAUCGAAACCGAAUAGUACGCCUUGCAAACAAUUAUCUCAGGAGGAUUCAUCCGAUAUUUGCGAGUCGUGUAAGGAUGGUGAGAAAGUCGAUGAGAAUCAGUGGCAUUAUGCUGACAACUGCAAAGAUUCCGUGACUAAUGAACUGGUAGAUGCUUGGAUAACGGAACCCAAUGAAACUAAAUACAUGUGGAUAGAGAUGAAGAAACGUUUCGAAAUGUCCGGGAGAAAAAACCAUUCCUUAAGCGAGCAAUCGUCUCAGGAUUGCGGAUACUCUUCCGAGCACAAUAUCAGCACUUCUUCUCUUCCUAGCACACCAGAAGGUUCCGAAGUUGCUUGCAACGAUGAAUGGUGUGACGGGGCUUGUCAUGAUAAACUUAAUCAUUCCAGUUCUAGCAUCUCUUUACUACAAGAGGGAGGUCCGACACUUACGCAAAUGUUAAAGGAUUCCUAUUUUUCUGACGACGAUGAGAAGGAGAGUUAUAUUCCAGCGGAGGAAGUAUUAGAAUUCAAAUCGAGGGUAUGUCAACUCACGGAGAAGCGGCUAAAACUCCGACAAAUGCUUAGAGAACGUUUUGCCAUGUUGUGCAGCCAUCAUACACCACUUAGCAUUCUUCAUUAAGAAUUCCUAGCUAUGGCAACAUGAUAUCUCCGUCUUUUCCCUCUUUUUUUUUACUUUUAUUUACUGUCAGUAGUGAGACACGAAUAUAAUAGAUGUAUUUUGAAGGAAUUGUUAUCAUUCGAAGUCGACCCUCUGAUGUGAAUAAAAUGCUGAAUAUGUGUAUACCAGAAAGCCAAAAAUAUUAUACAAUAAUAUCUAUUAUCUUUACGAGCAGAAAAAUUGCAUCUAAUAAAAAAAUACCGAGGAAUUAAAUAGUUUCAUAUUCGAUAGUUAAACAAUAACGUUGGCUUUGAGAAAAAUGCAGAACACAACGCAAAUCAAGGUACUAUGAAACUAGUAUACGGAGCAACUUGAAUAUUGAUGUAUAUUUCGAAAUUGAUUGUAUAGAUUUUUGCAAUUUAAGGAAACGUAGGUAUCUUGAAUGAACAUGCCUUGGCCGUGAAAAUAUGGCAGAUCCGAUUUUGCAGUAAAUGCAAGUUGUUAAAGACAAGUUUUUCAAUUAUUUGAAAAGUAUUGUAUUUUCUUGAAAAUUUUUAUUUUCAAGAUUGUUUGCGGCGAUAUGACCAUGAUGGAUUUCGUGUCAAUGUGUUGUAAUAAGCAGAGAUGCGAUGUAAUAUUGUCGGAAUCUUAAUAUUAAAAUCAAUGUUGCAUUCCAUUAUAAUAUA